CCCUGCGCCGUGAGCGUCGGUCGUAAACAAACUGAAGGAGACGUGAGCGGCGACGACGACGACGACGACGACACCGACGACGACACCUCCUGCAGGAACCUUCCCCUCACCAUGUCUGUGCAGAUAGAGAAGCGGCGCUAUGACUGUUCAGCUUUACCGAAAGGCUGGAAAAGAGAGGAAGUUCUGAGAAAGACGGGUCUCACUUCAGGAAAGGUCGACGUGUACUACUAUAGUCCUAGUGGAAAAAAGUUCCGAAGUAAGCCUCAGUUGACACGGUACAUUGGAGAUUCAGUGGAUUUAUCAUCAUUUGACUUCCGAACAGGGAAAGUAAAUCCAAUGCUUGCAAGAAAAAACAAAAAACCAAGAGGAACAUUAUUUGAUUACAGUCGUGGGAUGCGAAAUGAUGCAUCACUAGUUCCUCCAAUUCGCCAAACUGCCUCAAUAUUCAAGCAACCUGUAACAGUCAUCAAGACGCAACCAUCAAGUAAAGUGAAGACCGAUAUGAAGCAUGGGUCACAAGACAAGCCAAAGCAGCUGUUCUGGGAAAAGCGGUUACAAGGACUACAAGCUUUUGAUGCUCAAACAUCGGUCCUUAGGAAUGUUGACUUGCCAGCAGCACUGAAGGCUGUAGGACCAAAUGUGGAAGACCAGACAGUAUUGCAGAGUGUAGCCACUGCCUUGCACCUAUUCCCAGGCCCCAUCACUGGACAGACUGAAGCUAAACAUUACCUUGAAAAAAACCCGGGAGUUUUUCUAAACCCUUCUCAACCACUUGUUAUUUCAGUCCAGAUUCAGAAUGAGGAUAUAGCACAGCAGGAGGAGAGAGUAGACCAUGUACGUCAUCAACUGGAGAAGGCUCUCAAGGAACUUGAACCUUGACCACUAGAUAAGGACCACAAUGAAAACCAAACAGAAAUUUGAGAGUAUGUAGUUCUCUUCAUAUUAUUUAUUUAUCAUAUGAAUCUUAUGUAUAAUUUGUAUAUUGAUGAGAAUAAACGUGAUAUCUGGUACUCUUAUAGUAAAGCACUGUGAAUAUGUGAUCAAACUGUGGAAAACAUGUCAUUUCUUGCCAGUCAAAUUCCAAAUUGAUGGUACCUGUUUGUUAAAAGUAAUUAUUACAGUCUGUGAAAAGACUAAAAAUUAUAUGCAGCAGUAAUAAUACAAUUGGUAUGAUUUACUAGUAAAGAUCACAUGAAAGUAAAUGUUUAUACAAACUUCUUGCCAAAUAUAGUAUCCACCUAAGAACAUUUGUCGGGUUCCUUUGUUCAUAUGACCCAUAUACACACAUCUGGGUCUUCAGUCUUCGUGAGCUUUAAACGUACAAUUAAUGCAUAUCAUUUUACCAACAUUUUGCGGCCUUACGUUUUAAUUUUUUUACUUGCCUUACUCUCAACAGUGCUUAAAUAUCCAAAGGGAAAGAUUUAUUUAAUCUUUAUUUAAAAAUUCAAACGAUGCUCCACAUUUCUUGCUGUAAAUUGAUGUAGGUCCCGGGCACAUGGAGGUAAAGGAUUUCCUUUCCAUGCUCUUAUUGAUUGGAUGGUUUACUGUGUUAACCCGUGUACUUCCUUGUAUGUGUACAUUUCUUGGUGAAUAAUAUUUACUCUCUAUAAGUAUUGAUUAAAUUUGAUUUAGAAUGUGAAGAUACUUUUUGGAGAUAGUGUACUCGCCAUGUUGGAUAUAUAGUACGUUAGAUGCGUUGCAGGAAGAUGACGAGCGACAGUUCUGGCUUGUUUUGGACAGUUUGCCCAUUGUGAUGGUUAUACAAGACUGGAGGUUGAAUCUUGUGUGUGUAUAGGUAUCACAGUUUGAUGGAGGGACCUAGAGGGAUCAUUGUGUUUGUUUGGGUGAAUGUGGUUAUUGUGACUGAGUUUAGAUUCAGAUGAUUAUUAAUCAUCUUGGCUUGGUUGUGCCACCAGGAGGAAGAUCAUCUGGCAGAAACGGUUGUCAGUUGUGUGGGGAUCAUUUUAGAAGCUAUGCACGUGUUGGCCUACUAAAGUUGUUUUUAAAAGGAGCCGUGAAGUAAUUAUUGAAUGUACAUUUAUAAGCUACGUUGGUACAGUACAUGUAUUGGAUGACUGGUUGCACCUUCUCUAGAAGGAUGUCUAGGAUGAUAAAUAGUGAUGCUUAACUCUUAUUCCUUUAAUAAAUUUAAUUUGUAUUUGUUAUGGUCUCUCUUGGUAAGGUUUGAGUCAAUCUCUACUUUCAGCUAAUAAAAAAAGUGAAUCUAUCCCCAUUCAAUUACUUUAAAUGAACCCCCUCCUUCCCUGGGUAACCAUGUGCCUCCACACUUCUUAACAUCUGAAAAGAGCCCUGACCAUUUUUGGAUCUUCCACUGUCAAAGAUUCCUUGCUCAUAGUGUUUCAUAGUACUGUACCUGCACUCUGUCUUCCAACCUCAUAUGUCAGUUAUGCUACUGGUAUCAAAAUUUGUUGGGCUGUUGAUGAUCUUAUAAUCAACAACGAGGUUUUUGUUGCAUCUAUCUUGUAAUAAAAAAAGUUUUUUACGUAUGACAUAAUAAAAUGAUACCAGAACAUGCUUAUCUCCCAAAGGUAAGUUGCAUACACUGUGAUUUUCAAUAAGUUUAAUGUUAAAAUAAAAGUAAUUAUGAAACACACUGCCCACUGGUCUACCUUUGGGAGGAGUCUAGCCAGAGUUAGGUGUGGUCUUGGUGGAGUUGGGUUAGGUUUAUUGUGGUAUUCCUCAAGGUGUGUGUCCAGCUCUCUAUUUUGAGGUGUCAAGUAAGAUGCCAUCCAGAGAUUGGCCCUGUGCUGUGUUAGUAAUAUUUAUAGUCAUAAACUAUGACAGAUCAGCCUCUAAAAUGUGUAAUAUUUUGUAAUUUCCAUUAAAAUAAAAGGCAUCAUUAAUGUCAUGACACUUAAAAUUACAGCAUAUUCAUUGCUCUUGUAUUAAUUUGUAUUCUUCCAGUGGGUUUAAGGAAGCGUAUUACAUGAACUCCGGAAUGUUGUCAGUUCUCGUCUUUUUCUCUCUUCAACUGUGUUCCCAAAGUACUUGUGCAAGGUAAAAGUUUCAAAAUUAUAAUCACUAUUUUUUUUUUUUUUUUUUUAUAAUUUUGUAGAAUUUCUGCAAAUCUUUUGAUGCCCAGUAGGAUUUGUAUAUGCCACCCCACUGCACAUAUUCUUGACACAACUUUGGCUGCUCUUGUGAACAUUUUGACGAAUCUCAUUCUUACCCACGAAAACUGAAUAGCAUUUGACAGCUUAGUAUCACUUUUAAAUAAAGUUACCUUUUGUAAGUUCCACUCACUCUUGUGCACUUGAUAAUUUUGUGUAUCAAGUGUAUUAAAGUUGUAGCAUAGAGGAAGUUGAAGACAGGUUACACUGAUUACUUUACUCUUGCAGUGUUUCCACAGAACUACAUGAAUCUGUUGUCUUUACUCUCAUUAUACCUUUCAUAUGUUCAUAAUAAAUAAAAAUAUGUACAUAUUCUCAAGAAAUUUCACAAAUCAUCAUCAUCCAAAUUUCACUGCUUGAACAUUUUUGUUUUCAUAGCCACUAUAAAGCAGGAAAAUAUUGAUUUCAUGAUUUUUAUGAUAGUAUUUUUAAGAAGUUUAGUAAUUGCUAUGCUGUACAAGAUUUUGAAUAAAAACUUUUCAAUUACUCUUCAUCUCCAAGUGGACACUUAUAGCUUUUCGUAUGGUUUUAGUUCUAAUUUAAACUCAAAAAUCUUUCUUGUAAUUAAGAAAUUACUGGAAAUGUGCUUCAGAAUUUUGGAUGCCUUCACUCUAUUCUUCAUAAAUUUUCAUCAAAGCUGUUCGCAUUUGGCUACAAUAACCAAUACAGUAUUGUUUUCACAUGCUGUAAAUGUGUCACCUUAAAUAUUUAGGCUGUAUACCAAGCCUCGUUGGCAUCUUUGAUAUGAAUAAACUCGCUCAAAAGAAA